CAUCUGCAGCUACCGGGGGAAUGUAGUUUUUAACAGUGACAACGCCAAAUAGGUGUUGUUUACAUAGUCAAAUAUUUUUGAACGAACAAUGUUUUGGAAGUGUCAUUUGGUUCGGUCGAGAUCUAGGUCACCGGUUAUUUCAUACGUCUGAUAUUAUGGACAUAUUUGGGCGUUUUGUUGUGAAUUUGCUCUUCCGGGGUGCUAGCCAGUCAGCUAGAUAGUUAGCUAAAUUACUCAACUAGUGUCACUUCAGGGAAAUGUGUUUCUUGUGACACAACGGAAACCUAAUUUCACAGUGGUUCACACCUCCAAGAGUUGGUCCUUUAUUGUCGUGUUAAUCGAAGACCCGUCUUAUACAGGAUUCCUCCGGAAUUUGGCCUGCUUUCGAAGAGUCGCGAUGCUGAACGUCCCAUCCCAGUCGUUCCCUGCAGCCAGCUCUCAGCAGCGUGUUGCUCCAGCCGGUCAGUCCGGCAGGAACAAGGUAGCAUUGAAGCCUGGCCACAGUCUGAUGGACUGGAUCCGUGUGGCUAAGAGUGGCCGGGACCUGACAGGGCUGAGAGGCAGACUUAUAGACGUCACGGAGGAGGAGCUGCAAAAACACAACACACGUGAUGACUGCUGGACCUGCAUACGAGGCAUGGUUUAUAAUGUGAGCCCCUACAUGGAUUUCCACCCUGGAGGAGAAGAGGAACUGAUGAAGGCAGCUGGGAUAGACGGAACAGACCUUUUUGACCAGGUCCACCGGUGGGUGAACUAUGAGUCCAUGUUAAAGGAGUGUCUGGUAGGGAGGAUGGCUCUGAAGGUCAGCACUGCUCUCAAAGCUCAGUCUGUGAUAAAGGACAGCAUCACUCAUUUAAAUGGUCUAGCCCCCCCUCCUCCGCCCACCUCCAUGCUCCCUCCUGCUUUCCUUACCCCUCCCUCACCCUCCUCAUCACUGCAACCCUCAGCCGCCCCGCCACCAACCCAACCCAAAGAUGCCCGGCCCAGGUAUGACUGGUUUCAAACUGAUGUCACAGUCAAUAUUGUGGUUUACACCAAACGGAAGCUCCCCAGCUCUGGCUGUACCAUAGUUGACCUGCAAGAUGGUGUUCUACGGGUGGAAGUUCUUCUGGGGAAAAUGUCCUACAUACUGCGUCAACGUCUAGCCCAAGAAGUAGAUGGAAGCGUUGCUGUCCACACAGCAUGUGCUGUGGGGAAGAUUCAGGUCAGCAUGCGUAAAGCGGCCAAAGGAAAGUGGGAGGAGCUUGGUGAACCACUGGAAUUCCAUGAUUCUCUUUUCAGGAAGAAAGAUCGAGCCAUCUUCUACAGAGAGUGUGUGUUAGUUUCUAAGACAGCAGUCACACACGACACCUGGGUGUUCCGGUUACAACUCCCUCUAGGGACGCUCAUGCACGUGCCGGUUGGGAAACACAUCUACCUCAAGUCCCUCAUCCAAGACAGUGAGGUGGUGAAGCCCUACACGCCAGUCGAGGAAACACUGGUACCAGCUACACUGGACUCCACACAGGGGACUGCAGCCACGGACAUCUUCCUCAUGAUCAAAGUCUACCCAGAUGGAGUGUUGACUCCACACCUAAACAACCUCAACAUCGGUGACUACCUGUCUGUCAGCAGCCCAGAUGGUCCGUUCAGUCUCCGCCUCCUGCGCGAGGUCACUCACCUCUACCUGUUAGCAGCCGGCACGGGGUUCACGCCGAUGGCUCGGGUGAUCCGAUUGGCUCUCCAGGACCUGGGCUCACUCAGGAAAACCAAGCUGAUGUUCUUCAACAGACAGGAAAGAGACAUCCUGUGGCACUCUGAACUUGACGGCCUCGCAACUGAAGAUGAGAGGUUCCAGGUGGAGUAUAUUCUGUCAGAGCUGUGUGAUGGGUUCUGUUCUGCUCUAAUCUAUGGUUCCACGUUCCAAGUGGAGUAUAUUCUGUCAGAGCCGUGUGAUGGGUUCUGUUCUGCUCUAAUCUAUGGUUCCAGGUUCCAGGUGGAGUAUAUUCUGUCAGAGCCGUGUGAUGGGUGGACAGGCAGGAAGGGGCGGGUUGAGGCCUCCAUGCUGACUGACUUCCUGGUUAGGCCUGAGGGGUCAAAGGUCUUUGUGUGUGUGUGUGGCCCCUCAGCCUUCACCGAGCUGACUGUGGGGUUGGUGAGACAGCAUUGUUUCAGUGAAGAGGAGAUUCAUGUUUUCCAGGGCUGAGUGUCAGUCUCAGAAAUUACAGCCUGAGGUGCCAACGGGACAUUGAGAGAACAACGUGUGUGUGUGUGUGUGUGUGUGUGAGAGAGAGAGAGAAGUGUGUGUGUGUGUGAGAGAGAGAAGUGUGUGUGUUUGAGAGAAAGGAGACACAAUUUGUGAGAGAGUGUGGGAGAGAAGAGAUGUUAUUAGGCUGCCGGCCAAUGUGUUUUUUGGAACAAUGUCUUUCUAUGCACUGUAGACUGAACUGAUGGACUUCUGUGGUUAGCAGCUCUGUCUCUCUCUAUUUCUGUGUGUCUCCGUCUUACUCUCUCUGGUGCUUUGAAACAUGGGUGGACAGUCAUUCUCUGGACGCCAAGGACGUGACUGCUGGUGAAUCACACACAAAGGAUGAAUGGCCAGUCACCCAGCAGCACUGAACCCUCAGGUCAACAUCAUCAGCUCACUGUCUGUCUCUCUCUGUAUCAGAACUCUUUGAACUGUCCUGUCCUUGUGCUCUCCUCUGCUCUGACGAGAGAGAGAGAGAGGGGGGUCUGGGGUUGUUUAUGAGAGGUCACUACCAUGUCUUACAUACUGUAUAUCAAUCUAUUGCACAGUCCCACACAUCCGCUACAUUGUGAUGUUAUUUUUGCUGUCGCUCCCCCCCCCCCACCCCACCCCAAAAAGCAGGAAUUUGUGAGCGUUUCAUUUUUUAGUUCUGAUCAUUACAUCUUUCUUUUGUUGAAGAAGUAAUGAGAAUUUCCAACCUGCUGUUGGCAUAUACCCUCCUACAGAGAGUUAUUAUUAUUCAGAUAGUUGUUUUGGCUGUGCUGCUGCUAUAUCUGGUAUGUUCUGCAGCCUGUGGUUCUGUUUCAGAGAGACUGAUAGUUAAGCAGACCAGUCUUCAGUACCUUCACAGUCUCUCUUUCUCCAUCUAUAUCUAUCUCUUUUAUCUCUCUUUCUCCCCACUCUCUCUCACAGGUUGAUGUUGUUGUAGUACUCACAGUAGGUGACGAAUACCAAUGGGAAUACAUUACACAAUACAUAACACACCUACGUAAAUGUAUUCAAUAUAAUAAAAAUAUCAUUUUAUUCAUGUAUUUAAUUCAUUAAUACCUCAAGCCCACAGUGAUCUGUUUUAAGUGCUUGAUGUUUGAUGCAGUUAAAUGAUUCUAAACUGCAUCCGGGAACCCUGACCGUGCGUCCUUGACUCUUUCUCACUCUUGUGAAAUACAUGAGGUUGGUAAAGGCACCAACUGUCGUGAUUUCUCCUCGUGGAACAUCAAACUGCCAGACCGAACUAUGUCAAUCCUGCAGAGUUGUUUUAUGCUAUGAGUGCUCCCUCUGAUGUAGCUCCUCUAUUAACCUAAUAAGAGGGGCUCUCAUCUGGCCGUUUCCAGCUGCAGUCAGUCCAUCUGCCUCUUUAGAUGUAUCCUUUCAGACGUCAUUACUGACUCAAUCUGGGUCAAAAAGGAACAAAAUGUCCCAUGAAAUUGAAGUUGUAUUUUCAUGAAAUGUCGUUUUGGAGGAAGAAUCUUUUAUAUUGGACAUUGGUAUCUAGAAAAGAUGUAUGCGAUCUUGGACUUUUCACUGUUUUUUUUCUCUAAUUUGUACUCUCUAGAUCGUAUGGAAGGUGCCAUUUAAAAACCAAACCCUGCGUGGCAUUUACUUUUUAAUAACAUCAAAGUACAUCAUGUCAUGGUCAUUUUGUUCCUUUUUCACACAAAAUGAAUUUCAGCAUUUCUUACCACUGAACAUAACCAUUUCAAAGAUCACACCUGUCAAUGUAACACACAUGCCAUGCUACGUGCAAUACUAUAAGUCAAGCUUCUAUGGAUCAAAAGUACUUGAUGAAAGUACCCGUUUGUUUUUGACCGGUGAAACAAUGACUGAAAUGUGUUGGGUUCUGGUUUUUAAAGAAAUUGAGCUUCACUUGGUUUUGUAGCUCAUCUAAUGUUGAUCUAACCACAUCUUAUUUGAAUGCAUAUGCAGCUUUGUACAUCAUUCACAUUAUAAGUAACAUGUCAGUUAUAUGAGCUGUCCUGAAGCAAAUUAAAAGAUGCACUAAACAUU